GAACUGCGUCCCGCUCCUCAAAAACGCCUCUUCUUUCUUGGCCUCCCAGCCUAGCCCCUGCCCCUUCGUCCAAGCACCUGCAGAGAAACGGGCCUGUCGGCUCUCGGGAACCCCAUCCCGGAGGAAUGAUCUAGGCCCGGGACUUCUGGGAGGCACCUGUGUCCCUGGAAGGGGCGAAGAGUCCACGAUUGGGGGCCAGGGUGGCCAUCCAUGCAUGGUCCCCCUGAGAGGACCGAGCGCCAGGGCCCAAGGAUGGGGCACCUGGAUUCCGGGAGGAAAAGCUCUUCUGGGGAUGCAGAUGAAUGGGAGCUGGGCAUCCCUGAAGGGCUGGAGCAGGGGAGGGGGUGAUGGUCUGCUCUUACCCAAUCGCUGCUGGGCCUGGGCCUGUGCCCCCGGGUCAGCCGUCCCUGUUACCUGGGUGGGUGGGGUCACAGUGCCCAGAGUUCAGUUUUAGCUGAUGCCAACCCCACCCCUCCCAACAUAAACCCAAGCUCCAGGCCUUAGGGUUUUUCCUACCAGUCCCAUCCCCAACAUACAUCUAUCUCCCUGGAAGGGACAACAAGCAGAACAUAUGUACUUGGGCAGAGACAGAGGCCUGAGUAUGUCUUGGGAAGAGGAGAACAGCCAGCCAGACAGCAAAGAAGGAGCUUGGAGAUAUCAGAACACAACAGCAUCACAGGAUCUUGGAAAAAGGGCCAGCAAAGAGACAGACAAGGCAUCCCCACCGAGGACAGCCAGGCCAACUGAGCAGGAUGGGGCAAGAGGCCCCCCAGGCAUAGCCAGAGCCACUCACCAGAACCUAAAACCAUCCCGUGCUGGAGAGGCCCCUAUCAACUACCCGGUCAGCCAAGGGCAGAGGAAUAGGGGUAUAUGCUGGGGCUGACACAGCUGGCUUUGAACCCCAGCUCUGCCACUUCUGGGCUGAACCUCCUUAUGAGGAACUUGAGGCACGUGACUCUCCCUGGGCCAUUUAGCCUAGCACAGCAGGGACCAGGUUUCCUGACUUCCAGGCCAGUCUUCAGUGCUCUACCUAAUGGCAGCUUUUAAGGAAUGGAAAGAGGGUAUAUGCCUUUACCUAUUUGGCAGCAGCCUGGGGCUGGGGGGGCUCCUGCUCCUGGCUGUGGUCGUUCUGUCUGCCUGUCUGUGUCGGCUCCAUCGGAAAGUGAGGAGGCUGGAGAGGAGCUGGUACCUUCUACCCCCGCCCCAGGCCCAGCUCUCGGAGCAAGAGCUCCACUACGCAUCUCUGCUGUCCGUGCCUUGCCGUGAGGGGCCUGGCCUCAGCCAAAGGGAAGGCUCCAAGGAGGACCCCAGCAGUGACUAUGCCUGCAUUGCCAAGAACUAAUCCACCUGAGCUCCCCCAAAUGCCUUCCCCCAACCCAGGACUGUGGCCCACCCAGUAAAGACCGUGGUCUCACCA